AUGCAAAACGACCCCGCACGGGUGCUGGAGCUGAGGGGCAUGCACGUGUCCAACGCCGUGUGCCUGCUGCAGCAGGAGGUGGCGGCUUUACGAUUCGCCGCCCAACGCACCAAGUCCCGCCAGCAGCUCUAUGUGCGUGUGGGUUCAGGCCUCUACACCAGCGACCGCGCCCUACAGCACAUGCCAGCAGUGGUGGAGCAGUAUUUGGUCGACCAGGAGGGGCUUCACGUGUUGGAGCCGCAGCCAGGCCUUUUGAGGGUAUUCAUGUGA